AUGCAUCCCCCCGAGGCGGCGGUGUACGAGCGCCCGAAAGGCCUCAAGGGCGUGUACUACAACCCCGUCAUGCAGGUGUUCAUGCUUGGCUUUGUGUGCUUCAUGGGCCCCGGGCUGUUCAACGCCCUAAACGGCCUCGGCGGUGGAGGCCAGGUCAACACGACGACCAGUGCGAAUGCCAACGUCGCUCUUUACGCGACCUUUGCGUUUACAGCGUUCUUUGCGGGGUCGAUCAACAAUGUUCUUGGUCCUCGCCUGACUCUCCUUUUGGGUAGCAGCGGCUACGCGCUCUACAUCGGCUCUUACCUAACUAUCAACAUUCAUCCUAAUGCGGGCCCGUUCGUGAUCGCUGCCGGCGCUGUCCUUGGCGUCUGUGCCGGUAUGCUAUGGACCGCCCAAGGCUCUCUCAUGUUGGCAUAUCCAACUGAGAAUGAGAAGGGUAUCUUCAUCGGUAUCUUCUGGAGCGUCUUCAACCUCGGUGGUGUCGUUGGCGCUUCUGUGUCUCUCGGACAGAACUUCCAUUCUACAGUGAGCGUCCUCUCGAUCUGCAGUCAGGCUAUCGGCUUCCUCAUCCUCACCCUCAUCGGAGUGACGAUCCCGAUGCUCAUGGCCAACCCGAAGAAGAUGGUCCGCUCCGACGGCACAAAGGUCAUGACCCUCCGCCACCCGUCGUGGAAGACCGAGCUGUACGGCCUCUGGGUCACCCUCCGUACCGACCCUACCGUCGUGCUCCUCUUCCCGAUGUUCUUCGCGAGCAAUUGGUUCUAUACAUGGCAGUUUAAUGACUACAAUGCGGCGCUAUUUACGAUCCGUGCGCGCGCGUUGAACAACCUCGUGUACUGGCUCGCACAGAUCCUCGGAUCCGUCAGCAUUGGCUUCCUUCUUGACCAGAGAGGCCUUACGCGUCGCUUCCGCGCGUAUGCCGGCUGGGUCUGCCUAUUCCUCAUGGUCUUUGUCGUUCACAUCUGGGCGUAUUUCUAUCAGAAGCAAUACACUCGUGCGAUCGUCGCACAGUGGGCGAAAGACGACGACAAGAUUGACAUCUAUGAGAGGAAAUACGUCGGCCGGAUAUGGCUGUACAUCUUUUGCGGCAUGCUCGAUGCGAUGUGGCAGACGACUGCAUACUGGAUAAUGGGCGCCAUGUCGAACGACCCCGCGAAGCUCGCAAACUUGACUGGCUUUUACAAGUCCCUCCAGUCGGCAGGCGCUGCAGGCGUCUGGCGCGCUGAUGCUGUUGGCCUUCCAUAUUUGAACAUCUUCAUUUCGACCUGGGCUUUGCUCGUCGGCGGACUCGUCUGCGCUCUUCCGAUGAUCUACAUGCGUGUGAAGGACCAUACCGAGGCUUCUGACGAGAUAAACGAUAUUCUGUACGUGCCCCAGCCCGUGUUCUGA